CUUGUAACUCGACAAUCGCUUUUUGAAAUAUAUUCAUAAUAUAACAAAUAUCCAGAAUAUUCAUAAGUAAUAACGCAUAAUGUCGCAGAGCUUUCUGUUUAAUAUCGAAAGCGGCUACUUGGAAGGCCUGGUGCGCGGCUUUAAGAACGGUCUAUUGAAACAAUCCGAUUAUCUUAAUCUAACACAAUGCGAAACGCUGCAGGAUCUUCUGCUGAAUAUACAAAACACGGACUAUGGUCACAUAUUGACCCACGAAAACGAAGUGCCAAAUGUGGAACUGAUUGAGAGGCGUAUGCGGGAGAGGAUUGUAGUUGAAUACAAUUAUAUGCGUGUCAAUUCGUCAGAACCGUUGAGCACAUUUCUGGACUAUAUACGAUAUGAGCAUAUGAUAGAUAAUAUUGCGCUGCUAAUGGCGGGCCUAAGCAAUCGUCGGCCCAUGAGAAAACUGCUGCCCUUGUGCCAUCCGUUGGGUCUGUUCGAUCAAUUGGAGGCCAUCGAAGUGGCCAGCAACAUAGAUGAGCUAUUCAAUAGCGUGUUAAUCGAUACGCCGAUAUCGAAAUAUGCAUCGCAGCACUUUGAUAAGAUGGCAUUACACAAUACCGAUGUGGAGAUCCAGCGCAGCAUCAUAUACAAAUCCUAUCUGGAGGACUUUUAUAAAUUCUGCAAGAAAUUGGGCGGCACCACGGCUGAAGUUAUGUGCAAUAUCUUAGGCUUUGAGGCGGAUCGUCGCACCAUUGUGAUUGCAGUGAACUCUCUAUCCACGGAUAUGCAACCGAAGAUACGGGAAAGUCUAUUCCCCACCUGCGGCAAGCUCGGUCCAGUUGUGAGGAAACUAUUGGCCAGCAGUACCGACUUCGAGCAAGUGCGUUUAACCGUCAGCAAGUUCGUGACCUAUGCCGGCGUGUUCAACAACAUUGAGAGAGAUACGGACAAUCUGAUCACCUUGGAUGAUCGUUUCCUGAUGCUGGAGGCCAAAAUGCAUGUCAAUUCGUUUUUGCAGCAAUUCCACUAUGGCAUCUUCUACUCCUACCUCAAGUUGAAGGAGCUCGAGUGCCGCAACAUCGUUUGGAUUGCCGAGUGCAUUUCGCAGCGACAAAAUGACAAGAUCAAUGCCUAUAUACCCAUACCGAUUUACUAAGAUGUGUGUGUCGAGAAGAGGAUUGUCGAUAAAAAAAAA